UUUUUUACAUCUCUUCCGCCUUCGGAAUGGACGGUCUUUAUGGGCGAAAACAAGGAAGAAAACGAGGCGCUAUUCAAAUACGGGUUUCCAGAAGACAUAUGGUUUCACGUCCACGACUUGCCUAGUGCGCAUGUCUAUAUACGCAUGCCAAAGGGAAAAGGCAUUCGCGACGUGCCAGAAGAUGUCCUUGAGUGCUGCAUGCAGCUGGCCAAACAUAACAGCACCAAGGCGGACAGACUUCCGAGCGCUGCCGUCGUGUGGACACCUUGGACGAACUUGAUGAAAGAGCCCUCUAUGGAUGUGGGCCAGCUAGGCUUCGUCGACCAUAACCUCGUGUUCAAGAAAACCGUCCUGAGAAACGCCGCGCUGGUGAAGCGAAUUGAAAGCACCCGAGUGCAAAGAGCCAUCAAUUUGAAGGAGCAAAAAGAAGAACGAGACCGAGCCUGUCGUCUGAAGGAAAAAUUUGAGAAGCAAAAACAGAGGCGAGAAAUGGAAGAAAGGAAGAAGCAAGCUGAAGUUUUUCAUUAUCUCGAUGUAAUGCAAGAGGAAAAAAUGACUAACAACAAAACGGUGCCGUUUUCAGAAGAAGACUUCAUGUGAGUGCGU